GAAAAGGCUUAUUUAAAAGUCAAGUCGCUUCUCAAAACUUUUACAGAGAAGCUUCUUCUAUUAAAGGAAGAUGUUGAGAAAUGAUGAGAACAUCAAGAGACAAAACUCUAUAUAUGUUUCUAAGUUUCCUCUCCUCUAAUCAUAUUUCUAAAUCAUAUAUUCUUCCCCAUUAAUCUUCUCCAUCAUGACGGUUAAGAAAGUCGAGAUGCAAGUGGACAUCAACUGUGGAAAAUGCAAAAACCAAAUCAUGCAAGCUGUCACAGAGCUAGAAGGUGUGAAUCAGGUUGUACUGGAUGAAGAGAAGAGCUUGCUAACAGUGGUGGGUACAAUGGAUCCCAUCUGCAUUGCAGAACAGCUUAGGAAGAUCAAACAGAAUCCAGUAGUAGUCAACAUUGGACCACCAAAACCUCCAGAGGCCAAACCAGAAAAGAAGCCAGAGUGUUGCAAGCCUUGCCUUCCAUACUAUAACAAUACAUGUGACCUUCCAUACUACAACUACAAUACCCGUGACAUGGUAUCAGUUAGCACCUACGAAAGCGGAAGCGGCUGCACCAUUGUUUGAUAAGCUCUUUCCAUCUCAUUUCCUGCUCUUUGUGGUCAAGACAAAGUGUUUCUCCUGUUAUCAUGUUUCAUAAUUUUUGUUUCUCUUCCUGUAAUGAAUCUUUGUUAUUAGCUGAACCAAGGCUUAAAAUAUUAUUGAAAAUAUAUAAUUUAACAUGUAGA